AUGGAAAGCAAAAUCAUAUGCGUACCAGGACAAAAGUUAUGUCGAGUAGAUCCGUCGUAUAUUUUGGGCAAAGGAACUUACGAGAGGGAUCACUUCAUCUGUUCUAGUUUAGCAGGAAUCGUUAAUAUAAAUAAGAACAACGGAGUAACCGUUAUUGAAGUCGUUGGUAAAAAUCAGCUUGUAGUGCCAGCACCAGGAAAUACUGUUACAGCUCAGGUGGUAAAAAUAAGUAGGCAAUUAUGCAAAUGUCGAAUUAUGAGUGUUGAUGGAUACGAUUUAAACCAAAAUUACAGAGCGUGUUUGAAAAAAGAAAAUAUCCGUUCUAAAGAAAUCGAUCAAGUGGACAUAGCACAGUGCUUUAGGCCAGGAGAUAUAAUUUUAGCUAAAGUUCUUCCCAUAGAAGAGGCCAACACAUUUAGAUUGACGACGGCUAAAAACGAACUCGGAGUGAUUUUAGCAAACAGUGAAUUUGGACACCCGAUGAUCCCAAUAAGUUGGACAGAAAUGCAAUGUACAGUAACAGAUACAGUGGAACGUCGUAAAGUUGCUAAGACUGUGCAAAAACAGAACUAA